AUGGAGCACCAGAACCACGCUGGUAGCGGCGCAGAUGCUGAUGCUGGGGCGCUGCAAAACAUGGAACCAAACGGAGGCAUGCCCGUGUUUGACCAUCAGAUGCUGGGCCAGGCAAAUCCCGAGGCCGUGGCAGCUUUGAUGGCCGGCCAGCCGUUCAUCCCAGAUCCGAGCUUGGGCAGCGUCCCCAUGGCAGAUGGGACAUUUAUGUUACCCAUGAUGAUGCCGAAUGGCCUGCCGAUGCAACUGCCAACAAACACAGUGUCUGCUGAUGACAUCGCCCUGUAUGACAGACAGAUCCGUCUCUGGGGUAUCGCUGCCCAGGAAAAGAUUCAAAACGCCCACAUCCUCCUCAUAACCAUGCGUGGCCUCGCCCACGAAAUCGCCAAGAACCUCGUCCUCGCAGGCGUCGGCUCCAUCACCCUGCUCGACGGCUCAUCCGUCACGGAAGCCGACCUAGGCUGCCAAUUCUUCCUCUCCGAAGGCGGCGAGGGCCUCGUCGGCCAGAACCGCGCCGAGGCAGCCAGUCACGCACUCCGCAAGCUCAACCCCCGAGUCCAGGUACACGUAGACCCCGAAAGCGUCACGGCAAAGGGCCCCAGCUACUUUGCUGCUUACGACGUUGUCAUCGCAACCGACCUGGACCCGGGCACAUUCAACAUCAUCAACACGGCCACGCGAAUCAACGGGCGGCCGUUCUACGCCGCCGGCACGCAUGGCAUGUACGGCUUCAUCUUCAGCGACCUCAUCGAGCACGACUACAUCAUCUCCCGCGAGGCCGGCAACGUCUCCACGACGCCCAAGCAGGAAUCGCGCACCCGCUCCAUCACCGACGUCAAGACCAAGCGGGACGGUGGCAAAACCAUCGAAUCCGUCAGCAAGCGCGAGCUCUACUCGACGUGGUUCCUCGCCAGUGACGUGGCCGUCCUCCCGCGCGAGUACACCUCCUCCAAGCGGCGCUUGAAAUCCGUCACGCCGGCGCUGUCCUGCCUCCGCGCCCUCUGGGAAUUCAAGCAGCUCCAGGGCAACCGCCUCCCGAGCAACAGGGAGGACCUGAAACUCUUCACCCAGAUCGCCACCCAGAAGCACAAGGCGCUCAGCCUGCCCAGCGAGACGCUGCGGCCCGAGUUCCUGCGCAGCUUCCUCCAGAACCUGGGCAGCGAGAUCGCGCCCGUCACGGCCAUCCUCGGCGGCCAGCUGGCCCAGGACGUCAUCAACGUGCUCGGCCAGUCGCAGCAGCCGAUCCAGAACAUGGUCAUCCUCGACGGCAACACCAUGGAGGCCCCCAUGUACCCCCUGCACCCGGAGCUCGAGCUCGGCGCAAGCCUGCUAUCCGUGCCCAACGCCGAUGCCGCGUCCGCCGCCGCAAACCCCAUGGUGCCCGGGGAUAUACACAUGUUUGGCGCGGGGGACGUUGCGUUUCCCGCUGCCUCCGUACCGAUGCCCAAUGCCGACGUGGCCGGGCCUGUGAUGGAUGGCAUGGGCGCCGUGAGUGCAGAAACGCAGCCUGUUGAUGCUGCACAGGCCGCCCACACGCAACCCCUACAGACCCAAGGCGCGCCGGACAUGGAAAAGCAGACGUCAAACGAAGCUCCCAAAGAAAACACCUCUGCAUAG